CAGAAAUAUUUCAUUCAAAUUUUAAGUGGGUUAAUUUUUUUAAGAUAAGAGAAAAAUGUUGAUAAAUUAUACGUAACAAAGAAUUUUUAACCGUACAAAGAAACUUAAACACAAUACAAAAAUGAUAAAAAAGAAAAUAAUUAUACUUAGUAAAAACAAAACUAAUUAUCAGGAAAAAAUGUUGAGUAUAUGAAGAUAAUUAGGAUUGAUGAUGAUGAAUCCUAGAUUUAUUAUCAUUUAUAAUAAUAAGUGUCAUACAAAAAAAUGAAAAUUAAGUGUAAAGAUAAUCGUUGUAUAUUUAUGGAGUAUUGUUGGGCCUUUUGUUCGGGUUUAUUUAGUUCUACAUGUUAUGGUUGUUGUAAUAAUUCUAAUAAGAUUCACGUAAUGGCAUAUGAACCAGAAUUAGCUGAAAAAUUACUUAGUGAUUUAUCGAAUUGGAUGGGUAAUUUACCAGAUCAUUUAAAAACAGUACCAUUUUAUCAAUUAGCAAUUCCAGGAAGUCAUGAUAGUAUAACAUAUACUAUAACAUCGAAUUCAGAUUUUGCUCCGGAUGCCGAAGAAUGGAUGCAAAAGAUGGCCAUCCUUGGUAAACCAUUAAAAUCAUUUAUUUCAAGAUGGUCACGUUGUCAAGAAGAUGAUACAGCUACUCAAUUGGAAAAUGGUAUAAGAUAUUUAGAUUACCGCCUGGCUACAAAAAAAGACACCGAUGAACUAUUCAUAUGUCAUGCAUUAUAUGGUGAUAAUGCUACCGAUAGUUUUCAUCAAGUUCAAGAAUUCAUCACAAAACAUUCUGGUGAAAUUGUUAUUUUGGAUUUACAACAUUUCUAUGGUUUUGAGCCGAAAAAUCAUAAAUAUUUGUUGAAUAAAAUCGAUGAGAUAUUUGGGGAUUCUUUAUUACAUUAUGAUCCUGAUGAUGUACAAAAUUAUACGUUAGAUUAUUUAACAAAUGAUAAAAAAUGUCAGGUGAUAAUAAUAUAUCGAGAUCGACAAACUGAAAAUCCCUAUUGGAAUCUUGAUAAAUUUCCAACGCCAUGGCCAGAUACAACCGAUAGCAAGAUAUUAUUUGAAAAAUUAGAUGAAGGAUUAAAAACACGUAAUAUCAAUUAUGGUUACGUUUCACAAUGUAUUUAUACACCAGAUGGUAAAUUAAUAGCAAAAAAUUUUACAUCAAAUUUAAAGAGAGCAUGUGCAGUGAAAUUAUUAAAAACAUUGUUAGAAUGGUUACGUGCACAAUCACCAGGUCCCACAGGACGUUUAAAUGUUACCAUUGCUGAUUUUGUAGGUAUGAAUGAUUGGAUCUACACUAAAUCCGUUAUUAUGUUAAAUUUAAAACUUUAGCAAGAUAUCUUUUUUAUUUAACAUCAUAGUUUUUGGUUUGGUUUAAGAUAUUUGGUAUUUAAGUAACCAUAUACAGUGUCCCCCCGGAUAGAGGUAACUAUACUUGUAAAUUUCCUUAUUUUGCAUUUAAA